AAAAGGUACAGUCCUGUCAAAAGGGAAAGUUACAGGCAGGGGUGGACUGACCAUUUGGAAACUUGGGCACUGCCCGAGGGCCCGGGGUCAGUAGGGAGCCCCAUGAGAUGCCCCUGGUACCUUUUUCAUAGGCUUUUUGAGUUUGGGCAAGGACAUAGGGGCCCCAUGAUCCCCUAUUGCCCAGGGACCUCAGGAGUUGUCAGUCCGCCCCUGGUUACAGAUUUGGGCUUUUCUUUAAUGAUCGCAGAGUACACA